ACUCGUCUGUAUUCGUGGUUCGGACAGUCCCUGAAUGCACCAUUAGGUUUGUUGUGGUCCUGCGCAGCAUGGAUGGAUCAGAGAGAGCGGUCCUACGUGCGGGGCUGUAUCCGAGCCGACCAAUGAGAGAGGAGAAGGGUCUCUGAGGUGUCAUGUGACGCUUCCUCCCGCCCUGCCCAUCCUGCCUUUAAACCAUACAUCCAUACAUUAUUCAGUCCUAACCAGUCAGUCCUCAUCUGACUGUCUCCGGUAUCAGACUCCUCAACCAAACUACAGCGACUAUUUCACCAUUUUACCAACGAAAAGAAAUAAAGACAAAGACACUAACAGUCUGACCUUCAUAUAUUUACAGAGAGAAAGCUAAUUAGUAGCCGAAUAACCGAAAUAAAUCCUACUGCGACACCAGCCAGAGGACAGACCAGAGGACAGACCAGAGGACAGACAGACGCUUAUUAUAGUCUCUCAGCGGUCUUCAACUCACAAUAUCUGCGUUUUAUUUCCUUUUUUUUGAAAACCCCCAAAAUGAAAACCAAAUUCAUCAACGGUGUUUCUUCGUCCCCCUCCAUGUCGCUGGGUCUGCUAGUGACCGAGAACGCCCUGCAGGUCCAACCGGACACCGAGGAGGACUGUAAGGAGCUGGACCGCCUCGACCAGCCAGACCUGGACACGCAGCGCAAAGCUUAUCUGUGGUGCAGAGAGUUCCUCCAUGGAGCCUGGAAGAGCCUGGCCGAGGACGACUUUCACAUCACCAUCAUAAGGGGUGGUUUGAGCAACAAGCUCUUCCUGUGCAGCCUCUCUGACAGCCUGGACACUGUCGGGGACGAGCCCAGGAGCAUCCUGCUACGCCUCUAUGGGGCCAUCCUGCAGAUGUCCUGUAAUAAGGGGGAUUCCCGACAGUCAAACAAAGAAAAUCACUUCCAAGGCGCGGAGGCCAUGGUCUUGGAGAGUGUGAUGUUUGCUAUUUUGGCAGAGAGGGAGCUGGGACCUAAGCUCUACGGUAUUUUCCCUCAGGGUCGACUGGAGCAGUAUGUCCCUAGUCGUAAACUGGACACCUGUGAGUUAAGCGACCCCAGCAUCUCAGCGGAGGUUGCAGAGAAGAUGGCCAAGUUUCAUGGAAUGAGGAUGCCCUUCAACAAGGAACCCAAGUGGCUUUUUGGAACUAUGGACAAGUACCUGAACCAAGUCAUGAGGCUGACCUUCACCAGAGAGUCCCACCUGCGUCGCUUCAACCGCCUGCUUAGCCACAACCUGCCACAGGAGAUGGAUAUGCUCAAGUCUCUGCUGGAGUCCACACACUCCCCUGUGGUGUUCUGCCACAACGACUGUCAAGAAGGAAAUGUGCUGCUGCUGAAGGGCCGCCAGAGCUCAGACAAACAGAAGCUGAUGCUCAUUGACUUUGAGUACAGCAGCUACAAUUACAGGGGAUUCGAUAUUGGCAACCAUUUCUGUGAAUGGAUGUACGACUACACCUGUGAGGAGUCUCCUUUCUUCAAAGUUAAUGCUCAGGCCUACCCUUCAAAGGCCCAGCAGCUGCACUUCAUUGAAAACUACCUGCAUGAGUCAGACCAGGGGUUUGACAACUUGAGUGAAGAGGACCAAAUGAAACUGAUGGAGGAGAUAUACAUGGAGGUCAACAGGUUCUCUCUGGCAUCCCACUUUUUUUGGUGCUUAUGGUCCAUCAUCCAGGCCCGGCUCUCCACCAUCAAAUUUGGAUACCUGGAGUAUGCCCAGGCCAGAUUUGACGCCUACUUACAGCAGAAGAAGAUCUGGGGUGUCUAAUGUUGCUAAACGAUUUGGAUGGACUGACGACACGUUCAGCCAAACGGCAGUAGGAGGACAUGCAGGCUGAUGAAGACGCCACCAUCCACGCUUUACUUAUACUCCCUGCCUUGAGAGGAUUUGCUGGCUACUGCUGGUGUUGUGUUGACCAAAGCCAAAACUUGAUCAUGUGGCUAGGUGCUUAAGGUACGCCCCAAAAUCCAUUGCAGCUCAAAAGUUUACACUGUAUAACCCCCCUGAGAGCCCCCCCCCAAAAAAGACAAAACAAUGACUUGUACUCGCCUUCAUCGCCGGUCAGAACUGCUCUCCGCUUCUGCCUUGGUUCGAACCAUAUCACUAACACGAGGGUUAGGUUUUGAGCAGGAGAGAGGUGGUUACAGCUAGAUCGGAAAUGUUAACAUUGCAUCAAUGUAUAUGUAUUGAUCAUUCCCUUAUGGAAAUGUUCUGUUGGAAAUAACCAAAAUGUGAAACUUCUCUUGGUAGAUUCCUGCUUACUGACGCAGCCAGUUGCUAACUAUGUAUAUUAUAUAUAGACCUCAAUGUGCCAGUAACCUGGCCCUGUCUGUUACUGACGGGCCGACUUGGCUGGUGGAAUCAUGUCUACACUUCUAGAUAUUACACACUUGCUGUUUUUGUUUGAUUUCCUUUUUUUUUUAAAUGGUUGUAUUUGACAUUUUCUUCAGGCCAGGGCAAAUACAGUUAUGUCGUAUUUUCCAAGUAUGUGAAUAGUUGAGGUUCCUUUUUUUCUGAGUAGCUGUUUAAACUCCACCAAAUCAAAAAUGAAAGACAACAAACAUUAGGUAUAUCACUAUUACCAUUAGGUCUGGUUCUUUGUGGCUUCCUAACUAAUGAUGCGGUUACGCUGAUCAGUUGUUUUUCUCAACCUGUUAAAUUUUUACUGACACGAAGUUGGGUAUGUUUAUCGCAUGGAUAACUGUGACAAGUCUGUGUAGUUUACACAUUGGGUAUUAACAUCUGCAAUGUCUGAUUUAGCCAAAAAGACAUUCCAGUCAUGCUUUAUAAGCCUGGGAAAGUGUUGCUAAACUCUCUAUUGGACCCUAGAGAGCUAACGGACCAUAUUUUUGCUUUUUUUUUUUUACUUUUAUAUAUUAUCACUUCACUGAAGAAAAUGUCACACAGUAGACAUGACAAUGGCCCCUUAUUUGCAGUAAUUCUUGGUGAAGUCACUGUUUUUUUUUGGCACAAAUGCCCACUGCCAAGUUGCCUCAUCAUCGUACCCAUAAUCCAGAAUAGUGACACGGGCGGUCACAUCCUACUGCACAGAUGAAUUUUGCAUCGAUGACUUAUUGAGACAAGUUGUACCAGUACAGUUGUACAGUAACUCUGCUGAAGGGGCAUUUGGUAAGCAUGACUUUUACUGUAUCUAUCACUGUUCAAGGCGCUCUCUGCUACUGAGAGCUGUGUCAUUGUUGUUAACCACCUUGUCAAACCCCCACACACACACACUGGCUCAUAUUACGGCCAUUGUCGGUCGUGGCCAGAAGGUAACACGCAAAUUGAGAAACUCUUGUGAGAUGGUUAAGGUUAGGCAUUGACCUCCAAAGGUUAAGGUUAGAACAGGUGGUCGGCCAGUGAGUCUCAGUCUCAACCCUCGUAAUAUGUGGAUUACCUUCUAGACAUGACCACCACUGUCUACUGUAGCAUGGUAAAAGUCUUACUUAAUGCACAUGUAACAAAGGAAUUCAUCACUGGCACAGUGGAGCACUGUGCCCUGUGUGUGUGUCAGGCUGACCUCAUAGGUUCUGCUUUUAGGCUUUCUGCUCUGCUGUGGGAUAAUAGUUCAUGAUUGUUUAAAAUGAGAGAUGGUCAGAUGGAAAAACUGUGACUAAUGCGUCCUGCUGUCUCUCACCCAAACAUCUCAUCUAGAACAGCUCAAUUCUACCUCACCCCAUCAAGUCAUUAUCAGUGCACCAACUAUGCUAUCGUCCACAUAUAGACAGAUUCAUCAUCUGCUGCUAAGAGAGCCUUCAUUUAGCUUUUUAAAUGACACUAGAUAUCUUGAAUUUGCUGGGCCUCUUCUCUCAUUUGGUAAAAAAAAUAAAUGUUUUUUUGUCAUGAUUAGCAUUCCUCUUUCCACUCUAAUCGGUACCAGUGACCACUAGCUAGCUUCUCAGCUCUACAAUAGCAACGCCUAUUAGACUUCAUUAGAAAUGAUAACAGUGGCGGCAAAACUUUCCAUGCUAGAAAUCGUAUUUUCUUGCAUUUAAAAUUGUACAUAUUGGAAGGGAGCAGUACCCGGUGAAAAAGAAACAGACUAAAAUUGACCUUUCGCUAAGCCCACCCCUUUAAUCACUGUUGCUGAUACGCCUGUCAAGCUUUUCAUUCUCACACAAAACGGUAGAUUUACUACUCAAAAAUGUCCGUAGUUUUUGAAACAAUGGGUCCUUGAAGUCAGACGUCGGUAGACAAAAGCAGUCACUAGCCAGUGUCCAUCGAUUUUGACAUCGGUAAUGACAUCUGUCACUGGCAGAUUUUAACAUGCUGUGGCUAGCUAGCUAAUUAAGCUAAUGUAAACGGCAAGAGUUUUGUUGAAAAUGCCGUGACUGUCUUCGUCUGACUUUUAAAUUGUUUUCGGCUAACUUGUUUCGAUACAAGAACCCCUGUAAAAGGGGUCUUAAAUAUGCACUUAUGAUAUCAUGCUCAAAGACUGAGGCUAAAGCUAAUGUUACAUGUUCCAGGGAAAACAAGUCAGCAUCCUCACCGGACAUGGAACUAAAGGAGCAGAAUUGUUCUUGUUUUGCAGUGUAGAGCCAGUUAGUCCUAGUAUUAUAAGUAUGAUAAGGACAAAUAUAUGAUCAGACUGUGUUUUUGUUCUAACACGACUUGUUUGGCUGCUUAGCUUAAGUUACAUACUGGUUUGUAUUUUCAAACAGCCUGUUUUAACUUCUAAUAUUACAAAAGAAAAAAGCUCUUAUGAUGUGUUUGGCAAACGUUACGCUUCACUGGGUAAUGUUGUUGGAGUUUAAGUGGAAACUUUCCCAAAUCCAACAAAGUCCAUAACCAUUGGCUUUCGGUCAUCCCUGCAGCACUCUCUACUUACUUACGGUUGCUAAGCGAUGAUCGGACAAUCACUACUCGGCAGAGGAGUUUAGCGAAAGUCAAUUGAAAAGCUAAAUAUCUGCUCUAGAUAGUGUUACAGAAUAUUGCAUGGAAACACUUUAGUGGAUACUUGUUUGCCACAAAAUGUAUGAUCGACAAAUCAAAACUGCGCAACCACUACGAAGGCUGACGUGCACAUCCAUGUUCGUUCCUGUUGGUUUGUAGCAUUGUGUAUACAGUACAUCAGGGUAUAUUCCCUGUCUACCUGUGAGCACUGGGAUUUAGUGUGGAAGCCACCAAAUGACUCUUGUGAAGUGUACUGUAGGCAUUACCUCAUACUUCUUGUGAGAAUGGCUACAAAAAACUAAACUAAAACGCUACACUAGUCACCUGAUACUGGAACCAUCCAGAGGUAUUUGAAUGUCUACUGAGGCACUUUUGAUCUGAGGACCGUAAAAGAAAAAAAAAGUAUAUGGCUUGAUGAACUGUGACUUUUGUUGAAAUAUUAAUUUUAUUUUACAUGCAACUGUAUUUUUAUUGUAUAUUUCAUUGUGAUAUAUCCUUUGGAAUGUGUUUACUGUAUAGUUUAAAUGUAUUUUGAGAUACACUGAGACUAUGGAUGCACCAGCAGAAUGUGCAGUGCAGUGUAUAGCAAUAGUCUUUAUUUUAGUACCUACUUUUUUUUUUUUCAAAACCAUUCAGUGGCUCUUUCUUCUACCUAACCUGGAUUUGUAUUAAUUUUGUUGAAUUUCAUGAUUGAAAUGUAUUUGUCCUGACCUUCACUACAUGCUAUUUCUGUCUCGAUUUUGUUGUCCCUUUCGAUGAUUUUAUAUAUUUGUUAUAAAAAAACAAAUGGACACCAUGAUCUGUAACUAUAGUACAUUCCAUAAUUGUUACUUCACCUUCAGUAUCACAUACACUUGACCAAAAGAGCUAAAAUUUUGAUCUGAUUGGUUCUUCCAAUACAAUUGUAACUUGUCCCCAGUAGAGAACAAACAAACACCCUCACUUCUGUUAAUACUUGUGAUUUAAUGUAUGUAAUAUUCCCUGACAACACUAUAGAGGGUCGUGCUAAACAUUAUCCAAAUAUAAAGAAUGACAAACUUGUACGUUAUCAUUCUUAUGAAUGUACAUUGUGUUAAUGUAAUACACUUAUUUUUUGUAAAAAAAUAAAUUUAAAAAAACCCAUUCUGUUCUGUGAUAGCACCCACAACCAUACCAUCGUGUGACUCAUAGUGAUAACCAUUGCUAUCUAUGCAGCUAUAUUGAAUGCAUUAUGUACUCAUACAAAUAUACUUUGUAAUUUAAAGAAGUUUUCGGGUGAACUGCUGCAGCAUAGAAAUUGCCUUGGCUGUAAAUGUACUUUUCUGCUUUGCACAAAUAAAAAUGAAAGAGAAAACGA